GGUGGAGCUGUUGUUGUGUUCUUGCCCGGUUGGCCGUCCAUCCAGGGUCUGUUAUGGGUGCUGAGACAGGAGCCAGAGAUCACUGCUAUCUUCGACCUCUUACCGUUACACUCACAGAUCCCACCGGAGGACCAACAAAAAGUAUUUCAAAAACCCCCACCUGGACGACGGAAAUGCAUUUUGUCUACCAACAUUGCGGAAACUUCGCUUACUAUCGAGGACGCGGUUUAUAUCAUCGAUACGUGUAAGUGCAAGUUGAAGUACUUCCAUUCUGAACGGCAAAUGUCCAGUCUGGACGUUUCCUGGGCUGGCAAAUCUAACUGCAAGCAACGUCGUGGACGAUGUGGCCGAGUUCGAGAUGGGUUCUGUUUUCGCCUGAUAACGAAGGCCCGAUACGAGCAUUUGCAGGAGCAUAUUAUGCCCGAGAUGAUGAGAUGCGAGAUGAUGGAACCAAUAUUGGCUAUUCUACGACUACGUUUGGGAGAUCCUCGAUAUGUGUUGCAUAAUUGCAUUGAUCCGCCGCCACCUCAAGCGGUUGAAGAUGCGCUCAAGAAACUGAUGACUAUGAGAGCUGUUGAGGUGAGGGC